UAACCGCGCGGCUCUGGCGCUCCACACCCUCCAUCUGCGGUAGCUGGGGGCUGGCUGCCCCUGCCCGGUCCCCUAUCCCAGCCCCAUGCCUCAGCCUUAACCCCGCUGCCCUCCCUCGCGGAGGGCAUUUCCCUGCGCCCCCUGCCCGCCCCGUCCAAGUCGGGCGCCAUGAACGAUCAGUACCACCGGGCCGCCCGGGAUGGCUACCUGGAGCUCCUCAAGGAGGCCACCCGGAAGGAGCUGAAUGCCCCCGACGAGGACGGCAUGACCCCCACGCUCUGGGCUGCCUACCAUGGCAACCUGGAGUCUCUGCGCCUCAUCGUGAGCCGCGGGGGUGACCCAGACAAGUGCGACAUCUGGGGCAACACACCCCUGCAUCUGGCAGCUGCCAAUGGCCACUUGCACUGCCUGUCCUUCCUGGUGUCCUUCGGGGCCAACAUCUGGUGCCUGGACAACGACUACCACACGCCGCUGGACAUGGCCGCCAUGAAGGGCCACAUGGAGUGCGUGCGCUACCUGGACUCCAUCGCGGCCAAGCAGAGCAGCCUCAACCCCAAGCUGGUGGGCAAGCUGAAGGACAAGGCCUUCCGCGAGGCGGAGCGGCGCGUCCGGGAGUGCGCCAAGAUUACCCUGCACCCUGAGCCGCCGGCUGCAGCACCUGAGCGUUCGCUCGCUCUCCGGCCUGCAGCUGGGCGCACCCUGAGCCGCCGGCUGCAGCACCUGGCGCUGGGCAGCCAACUGCGCUACUCGCAGGCCACGCUGCAUGGCACCGCUCGGGGCAAGACCAAGAUCCAGAAGAAGCUGGAGCGGCGCAAGCAGGGCGUUGAGGGCACCUUCAAGGUCUCGGAGGAUGGGCGCAAGAGCGUUCGCUCGCUCUCCGGCCUGCAGCUGGGCAGCGACGUGAUGUUCGUGCGCCCAGGCACCUACGCCAACCCCAAGGAGUGGGGCCGCGCCCCACUCCGGGACAUGUUCCUCUCGGACGAGGACAGCGUCUCCCGUGCCACGCUGGCGGCCGAGCCUGCCCACUCGGAGGUCAGCACCGACUCAGGCCACGACUCCCUGUUUACCCGCCCCGGCCUGGGCACCAUGGUGUUCCGCAGGAACUACUUAAGCAGCGGCCUGCACGGGCUGGGCCGCGAGGACGGGGCCCUGGACGGGACAGGUACGCCUCGGGGUCGGCUGCAGAGCUCCCCCAGCCUGGACGACGACAGCCUGGGCAGUGCCAACAGCCUGCAGGACCGCAGCUGCGGGGAGGAACUGCCCUGGGACGAGCUGGACUUGGGCCUGGAUGAGGACCUGGAGCCCGAGACGAGCCCGCUGGAGACCUUCCUGGCCUCGCUGCACAUGGAGGACUUUGCCUCCCUCCUGCGGCAGGAGAAGAUCGACCUGGAGGCGCUGAUGCUGUGCUCAGACCUCGACCUGCGCGGCAUCAGCGUCCCUCUGGGGCCCCGCAAGAAGAUCAUGGGGGCCUUGCGGAGGCGGAGGCAGGCUCUGGAGCGCCCGCCUGCCCUGGAGGACACGGAGCUGUGA